GCCGCCUUGCGCCUCCCCGGACUUCCCAAGUGGGGGCAGAGCAGCCGCUCACCGAGCCGCCAGUUAGAAGGCUCAGGGAAAGAGGGACCGCCAAACUCCUCCUCAGCGUCUCCUCUCCACCCCCUUUUGGCUCCUGCCCUUGGAGAAAGUGGAGUGUGGCUCUUGGUUAUCAUUAUUUCUUCGGACUGCUUCGUGGUGCACGGAUUCAGCUGCUUCCCAGUGGGGUUUUCCGCUGUUGGCGCUUCUCUCUGUGUGGUUCCUGCCGGCACACCUCUGUCGACGAUGAGGAAAGGUCUACGGGCGACAGCGGCCCGCUGCGGACUGGGACUGGGAUACGUGCUGCAAAUGCUCGUGCUACCUGCCCUGGCCCUGCUCAGUGCCAGCGGUACCGGCUCGGCCGCUCAAGACGAUGACUUUUUUCAUGAACUCCCAGAAACCUUUCCAUCUGAUCCACCUGAACCUCUACCACAUUUUCUUAUUGAGCCUGAAGAAGCUUAUAUUGUGAAGAAUAAACCUGUGAACUUGUAUUGUAAAGCCAGCCCCGCCACCCAGAUCUACUUCAAGUGCAAUAGUGAAUGGGUUCAUCAGAAGGACCACAUAGUAGAUGAGAGAGUAGACGAAACCUCUGGUCUCAUUGUCCGGGAAGUGAGCAUUGAGAUUUCGCGCCAGCAAGUCGAAGAACUCUUUGGGCCUGAAGAUUACUGGUGCCAGUGUGUGGCCUGGAGCUCAGCGGGCACCACAAAGAGCAGGAAGGCCUAUGUGCGCAUCGCAUAUCUACGGAAGACAUUUGAGCAGGAACCCCUGGGAAAGGAAGUAUCUUUGGAACAGGAAGUCUUGCUCCAGUGUCGACCACCUGAAGGGAUCCCAGUGGCUGAGGUGGAAUGGUUGAAAAAUGAAGACAUAAUUGAUCCCGUUGAAGAUCGGAAUUUUUAUAUUACCAUUGAUCACAACCUCAUCAUAAAGCAGGCCCGCCUCUCAGAUACUGCAAACUAUACUUGUGUUGCCAAAAACAUUGUUGCCAAGAGGAAAAGCACGACUGCAACUGUCAUAGUCUACGUCAAUGGUGGCUGGUCCACCUGGACAGAGUGGUCUGUGUGUAAUAGCCGCUGUGGACGAGGAUAUCAGAAACGCACAAGGACCUGCACCAACCCAGCACCACUCAAUGGUGGUGCCUUCUGUGAAGGGCAGAGUGUGCAGAAAAUAGCAUGUACCACCUUAUGCCCAGUGGAUGGCAGGUGGACUUCAUGGAGCAAGUGGUCUACUUGUGGGACCGAGUGCACACACUGGCGCAGGAGGGAGUGCACGGCGCCCGCCCCCAAGAACGGAGGCAAGGACUGUGAUGGCCUCGUCUUGCAAUCCAAGAACUGCACUGAUGGGCUUUGCAUGCAGAGUUUCCUUUAUCCUAUUUCAACUGAACAGAGAACCCAGAAUGAAUAUGGAUUUUCUUCUGCUCCUGACUCAGAUGAUGUCGCUCUGUAUGUUGGCAUUGUGAUAGCUGUGAUAGUUUGCCUGGCCAUUUCUGUAGUGGUGGCCCUAUUUGUGUAUCGCAAGAACCAUCGCGACUUUGAGUCUGAUAUCAUUGACUCCUCGGCACUCAAUGGAGGCUUUCAGCCUGUGAACAUCAAGGCAGCGAGACAAGAUCUCCUGGUGGUACCCCCAGACCUCACAUCAGCUGCAGCCAUGUACAGAGGACCCGUCUAUGCUUUGCAUGAUGUCUCAGACAAAAUCCCAAUGACUAACUCUCCAAUUCUGGAUCCACUGCCCAACCUGAAAAUCAAAGUCUACAACACCUCAGGUGCAGUCACCCCCCAAGAUGACCUCUCUGAGUUUGCAUCAAAGCUGUCUCCUCAGAUGACCCAAUCCUUGUUGGAGAACGAGGCCCUCAAUGUGAAGAAUCAGAGUCUAGCAAGGCAGACUGACCCAUCCUGUACGGCGUUUGGCACCUUCAACUCUCUGGGGGGUCACCUUAUUGUUCCCAAUUCAGGAGUAAGCUUGCUGAUUCCCGCUGGGGCCAUUCCCCAAGGGAGAGUCUACGAAAUGUAUGUGACUGUACACAGGAAAGAAAAUAUGAGACCAGCCAUGGAAGACAGCCAGACACUCUUGACCCCUGUGGUGAGCUGUGGGCCUCCAGGAGCCCUGCUGACCCGCCCCGUCAUCCUCACUAUGCAUCACUGCGCAGACCCCAAUACCGAGGACUGGAAGAUACAGCUCAAGAACCAGGCAGCCCAGGGACAGUGGGAGGAUGUGGUGGUGGUUGGGGAGGAAAACUUCACCACCCCUUGCUACAUUCAGCUGGAUGCAAAGGCUUGCCACCUCCUCACAGAGAACCUCAGCACCUAUGCCCUGGUCGGGCAGUCCACCACCAAAGCUGCCGCGAAGCGCCUGAAGCUGGCUAUCUUCGGGCCACUUUGCUGCUCCUCUCUGGAGUACAGUGUUCGAGUCUACUGUCUGGAUGACACCCAGGACGCCCUGAAGGAAGUAAUGCAGCUUGAGAGACAGAUGGGAGGACAGCUCCUAGAAGAACCUAAGGCUCUUCAUUUUAAAGGCAGCACCCACAACCUGCGCCUGUCGAUUCACGAUAUCACCCAUUCCCUCUGGAAAAGUAAAUUGCUGGCGAAAUAUCAGGAGAUUCCAUUUUAUCAUAUCUGGAGUGGGUCUCAAAGAAACCUCCACUGCACAUUCACCCUGGAAAGAUUUAGCCUGAACACAGUGGAGCUGGUUUGCAAACUCUGCGUGCGACAGGUGGAAGGAGAAGGGCAGAUCUUCCAGCUCAACUGCACCGUGUCAGAGGAACCCACUGGCAUCGAUCUGCCUCUGCUGGACCCGGCGAACACCAUCACCACCAUGACGGGCCCCAGUGCUUUCAGCAUCCCUCCCCCUAUCCGGCAGAAGCUCUGUAGCAGCCUGGACGCCCCACAGACCAGAGGGCAUGACUGGAGGAUGCUGGCCCAUAAGCUGAACCUGGACAGGUACUUGAAUUACUUUGCCACCAAAUCCAGUCCGACUGGCGUAAUCCUGGAUCUCUGGGAAGCACAGAACUUCCCAGACGGCAACUUGAGCAUGCUGGCGGCUGUCCUGGAAGAAAUGGGAAGGCAUGAAACCGUAGUGUCUUUAGCAGCAGAAGGGCAGUAUUGACCCAUGGCGGGACUGGAAAUGAAGGACGGGAAGGCACUGGGGGUCUGUGGCCAUCCAGGGCAUCGCCGUGGAGAAGGAAAUCCAGAGUAGACCAUGACUGAUGAGUUUCACAGGCAAGACUACAAGCGGGAGAGAGAAGGCAAGCAGACGCAGCUGCUGACAGACAUGCCCACUGCACGUGGAUAUCAUCACAGGACUUAAGGACAAUUGUGUAAAUUUGUACCUUGAAUUUAGAGACCGACCUAAUUUUCCUCUUAGUUGGGCUGUAUGCUGUGUGGUACAGGAUCUUACAGUUUCCUAGGAAACGCUUUUUAUUGCUAUCCAGGUAUAUGGAUAAACUUUCUUAACAAACCCAAUUUCUACAAACGUUGUUUACAUCAGAUUGGACAGGGAUGCAGACACUGUCCAUGGCUCGUUCUAUUUUUGUUUAAAUCAUUUGAAGUUAAAGCUGUGGACGGUUUGUUGUGUCUAUUUCAGAUUAGUAAUUUACAGAGAAAUCACAGACUUUUGCUACAAACUGUGUGCAUCAAGUGUCUCAGAUAAUCCUCCCCAUCAGUGUUCUAUUUCUAGAACUUGUAGAACCAGUGUUACUGUUUGUAUCAGGGAAGUGGAGAAUCUAAGUAUAAAAGAGAAAUAACUAAGACUCCUUAUUCCUUGAGGGUACCCGUCUGGUCACCCUCUGGGAAUAAAGCUGUAGCAUUGCAGGGAAGACCGUGAUUCAUGUUCAGCCACACAAACAAGCGUUUCUUCACCACGUGUGUGUUUGUAAGAUGCAGUUUGAAGUGUUUUGGGUUUUUUUUUAUAAAAAAAGUUAUCAUUAUUAUUAUCACUAUUACUAUUAUUGAUGAUAUUUACAAGUAUUCUAGUAAAAGGGUUUUCUUUUAACUUCUGUUUUUGUUAGCAGUACUGUUAGUAUUUAGGUAUUGACUAGACCUGCCUCACCUUCUGACGGGAUUAGGUGGGCGUGGUCACCAGUUUAAUUAAACAGGCUUUGCUUCCUUGACCUUUUAUCUUUCUUGCAUCCUUCUACCCCAGAAACGUAGUCAAUGCUUACUGGCUUUGUCAGUCUCUUUUUUCAGCUGGCUCAGGCAAGGUCUUUCUCCUCCAAGUCUUAUUGUGAGAAGCGUUCUCAACUGAAGUUCACUGAACAUUGUGGUUCUGUGACCGCAACCCUGACACCCCCCCCCUCACCCCGGGUACUCUGUCUACUGGAGAGGCUGUGUGCCUGGAGGAAGAGCCUCUGAGAUGGCAACUGGAAACCCGGUUCUCAUUCUGGGUGUAUCAUUGUCUAGCUGUGUUCCCCUGGGAGAGUCAUUUAACUUCACUGGACCUCAGUUCCCUCACAUGUCAAAUGAAGGGGUAGAAGUAGUAGGUCUACUCAAGGUUCUAAAAUGCUGGACUCCUACUAUGAUGUCUCCAGUCUCCUUCAUCAGUCCGAGGACCACCGUGGACUCUGAGCUGGAUCCUUUAAAGAGUCAGCUAGUCUCUUGCCCAGGCUACUGUAUGCCUUCCAAAUAGUUCCAGCUUGGAAGAGGAAGAUUCUAACCUGUAGCCUAUUUGUCACGCUUUUAAGCCUUGUCUCUGGGCUGCUUGCCAAGAGACAGCAUCCCUUUAUUAUCAUUUUCUUUCCUCUCUUGGGGCCACUUGCCUUCCUGACUGAUUGCAAAUUAUGUUCUAUUAUUGUCUUAAUCAGACUUUUUUAAAUUAAAAAAAAUUAACUGAGAAGUAGUCCAAAGACGACUUUGUGUAGACUAUGGUAUUCCCUUAGAACUGUCACAGGCUCUUUGUUUUAACCCAGGGACUCAAUUCAUUCAGCAGGUGGGAGAUCAAAGGUCAGCAGCCAGUAGCCAAACAACAAUUGAACAAGCACCCACGUGGAUGCAUCAGAGCCUUUGAAACAUGGCCGUGGUUGACUUUUGCGCUGGAGGUGUACGGGUUGCUGACUGGAGUUGAAUGAGAAAUCAUUCUAUAUAUUUCCCUCCUUCUUUACACAUGUAGUUCCUCUUCUAUUUUGGUGACUUCUUGAUAUUCCCAGGACUCCUCCAUCCUCCUCACUGAGGAACUACUGAUUCUCUGGUAUAGAGCCUCUUCUCUCACUCCUUUUGUUUCUUAUCUUCUGUUUUAGGCAUAUAUUCUAGAACCUGUCUCUCUCAGGUCACCCCCUGCACCAUACAUAAAUCUAUGUUAUGCUAAUGUGAAAGGAAGAGUUUGUAGUAAUAAACAAGUUCAGUGGAUAAGGUUUGUACCAAUGCAUAUUUGACCAAAAGAUAAUAACACUGUAUUCUACAUAAAAAGAUUUUUAAAUAGAUAUUUUUUUAAAAGGAAGAGGAGGAAAGAGAGCUAUUGUCCAUUACUUCCAUUUGAAAUAACUUCUCAAGAUUUCUCGUCCUUCCUGGUUUGGGAGCUGGCAUCUAUGGAAAUCAAAAAUUAGACAUCUGAAGGAUGCUCAAAGGAACUUCCAUGCCUCGUGAAAAGGGAAGAGUGGUUGAUUCCAUCUAAGUGAGGUACUCAUCUGUCAUAGAACCUGUUAUGUUCCCCAUCGAGUGAAUGGCAACUCCCUUACGUACAACACACCACUUAUGUCAAAUAAUUUUCACUACGAAUUCUGAUUUCCUUCUCCUUUGGAGUAAAAUAAUAGCUGUUAGAUUGCUCUCAAACUUAGAAGGUCCAGACUCAACAGCUCAUUUCAUAGAGAGCCACUUCAUCAUUCUAUGUGACAUGUUCCGCCUCUGAUUCCUAGGGCUUCUACAUAGCUUAUGGGGAAGGACACGCUUACUUCCUUUGGAUGGGGGCAUGGGGGGGGGGGCGGGGAACCCACCUAUCAUUUGUGCAUGGUGCCAUCUAGUGGUGCACAACACAAUCUACCCUGAGUUUAACAAAAAUUCACUAAAAGUUGUUUGGCAAAGGGAAUUAAGAGCUAAAGUCAACAGAACCUUUAUGACAGAUAGCUGUGGGUAAAUUUUCACUUCAAAUAUAUAGUUUUCUUAUUGUAACACUCUUUUACUUAAAUUACCCACACCAAAAUUACAUCGAGGUUAGUAUGUCAUCAACUCCUUCUCCCACAAUAGGUCUCAAGUUGGUUUUUGGUAAUAGAAAUGAUAGAAAUACAUAAAUAUCUGUAUAAAACGGUUUCUGAAGAGUUGUCAUUUUGGACAUUGACAUUUUUGAUUGGGCCUUUUAUGUUUUAAAUCUCCUUACUUUUAGUUCUCUAAUACUUAUUUUUGGAAAUGUAAGCAGCAUCCACUUCAAAAUGUUUUAUAUAUGCAAAUGAGAGAACUGUGUCUAGGGAAGCAACAAUUGUGAUUACUAAUGCAGGACUAGAAAUAAGCUUCCUUUCUUCUGAGUUUGGCCGUCUAAAGGCCGAGGUUUCAUUGUAUUUUCGUCUUCUUCUCACCACAUUCACUCAGCUUUCCUUAGAGUGAUCUGGAAGGAAUAGAAAUUGGAUUCAGAAUUGCUAACUGGACACAUGGUAAUGACAGACGUGUAACAGCUAACAGCCUUUUCACAAACUGUGUGGACACCAACGUGGACACUCACGUCCCCUAGAAGGAAAAAUCCCCAUCCUCACAUGAGUAAUACAAGCUCUUCCAGGAAGGCAGGGCAAGAUUUUGGGUGAGGUAGCAAAUGAAACUGGAUAAACCAUUCUCCAUUUUCAUACGUACAAUUAUUUCAGGUAUUUUACUCUCUCAACUCUCAACCAGUAGAGCCAUUCUUUAGGAAGAAGUCAUGGAGUCUGAGUUUAGGACACUCUGGAAAUUAGACAUUCUGUAAUUUUUUUAAAAAGAUAGUUCUCCUACAAGUUAGGUAUCUUCAAAGUAAGCAUUGAGACGGUGGAAUCAAGGCUUUCUGCUUCUGGAGAGGAGCAAAUGAGGCUCUCAUCUUAUGUCUCCCCAUGUCUAUCACUGUCAGGACCACAGUGGCUAUGCCUUUGGUCUGCUUCUGUCGUCAGCGUGUGAGGAAGGGGGCCCGGAAGGUGAUCACUAACUUCCCCGAAUUCACAAGCCUUUGCCAGUAUAAGGUCUGCCCCCAUGGGGCCAAGCAAAUAAAAACUAUAUGAAGACCCGCAAGAGAGUGUAAAGAAAGUAGAAGAAGUUUACAUGUUGAAUUUUCAGUCUUCAAGUUGAAUGUGAGCUUUAGCUUUUGCUGAGCAGUUGCUCUGGACAAGUUAUCUGUUUCACAUGGAGACCUCAGUACCAAUCCAAGGCCAAUGAGGGAAAGAUGACCAUGGAAACAGCUGAAAUGAAACUGGGUUUUAUCCAUCUUCUUUGAGAAUAGAGGAGCUUUUGUGAAUCAGAAUGUUGUUGCUUAAAGCCAAUUAUUUGUAAAGAUGAUAGUGGUCAAUGAGCAUUAGAUUUUAUAGAUCCGAUAAGGAAAAAUAUUUUUAUUAUUGAUUAUCUCAAGGUAAUAAAACAUUUUUUUACCUUCCGAGUGCCUCAUAGGACCAACUAUUACACUUUGGGUUUUUUUGUUUUUGUGGGGUUUUUUUUAACCUUACCGAGCUAAUGUUGACUAAAGUCCUUAGAACUUCGUCUCUGUGCAAUGAAGUGCUGUUUCUCUACGUUAAGAAAUCUAUUUGUAUAAUCUCUGGCUGUAAUAAUCACUUUGAGAGAUUUCCCUUGUAUCCGUAAUGAUUUUUUUUUUUUAAUGGAAUAAGGCAUAAGGGAAAUAAAUGCAUUGCAACCAAUGUUAAGUUAAAGCUGUGUCCAUACAGGUCAAGUUAGCCAAAUGGAGUCCUAAGUUUCCAAAAUUCAUGCCUGAAACCUGCUAUUUUUGAAAAGCAGGGAGAUGGCAUUGUAGGUCACUGGGUAGGUUUUCCCUACAAACUAGGUCUGACAAUAUACUCCCUGAUCCGUCAGACUUAUUGGCCCUGGGGUUGCCCCCACUGUCAGGAAUCCUACUUUAAAACAACAACAACAACAACAACAACAACAAAAAACGGUCUUCAAAAGAGUUCAUGGCUCCCAGCUUUUCCGGUAGGCUUGUCCCCUCUCUGUAUUGAUUUGUGGUGGGAUAGUAAUGGUCUCAACUCAACCAAAUGUAAUAUAUGCCCCUAGACCUGUCUUAGAAAGGUUGAGGGAGGCAUCACCGGGACAAACCAAUAGGAACUCUACACACAUACUUGUACACAAAACCACACAACUCUAAGAUGCCGUUUUCCCAGCUGGCUAUAUACUUAAGACUCUUGGUAUUGAAGAGCUCUUCUGGAAUCCCAAGUUGGGAAUCUCUGCAGAACAUCACAAGAGUUAGGGCCCACCCGUUGUUGAGAAGAAAACAAGGAAGCUGCCCCAAGAUACAGGCAGCUUGCCCACCAGCCAAAGUGUUUGCUGCCUACCAGCCUCUUCACUUGCCAUUUCAGAUUUGUGCCUCAGCAAAAUGGUAAAUUGCUGACGGCCAUCAGACUUCAGGGUCCCUUAUAAAUAUUCUCAAGUUCUAUGUGUCAUCCUUCAAUUCCAAAGAUCUGUUGGAAUUGGCACCAUCAGAGCUGCUGCUGGACCUGAUGGCACUGACCCAGGGGGGAAUAACCGUCACUUUUGGAGUUCAGAAUGUGAAUUGUAGGCAGGUGUUGCUGAGCGGUAGCCUAGGAGUAGAUGAGCCCUUGACCUCUGAACCUUGGCACUAUGGUGAGGCAACAUCCAGGAAUCACAACCUAAGCUGUCUUCUACAUGUUAAAACAAACCUGUCUUAGAACAGCUUGGAAGAGCAAGAAAUCGACAGCCAGUGGAAAAUGCCUUUCUUUGCCUUUCUAUAUUCUUAGAGUCUCAUGUGACGCCUGUAAUCGUAGGGGUGGGAGUUCAAGUGCAUACCCCUCCUGGCCUUGGGGAAUAGAGAGGACAGCAAUCAGAACAAGUUCAGUGAGUGAUUUGGGUUCUCCUCUUCACUCUUCCCUAGACCUGCUAUUGGUAGAGAAGCCCUCGCCCUUCAGACAAGAAUGCAUUUAGCCCAAUUGCAGGGAGUGUCAUCACUGUGUGUGUGUUGGAGGUCAGUGUUGGAUGUGUUCACUGAGUUGAAUGUUGAGCUAUAGCAAGUUGGUGACCUUCCUCUUUGCUCUUUCUAAAGAAGACAAGCAGUGUUUGUCAGAGAAAAACCCCCGGCAGUCUGUGGCGAAGAGCCUGUGUCAUCCACCUGCUGUUCCCUUUGGAACAAGUUCAACUGCAGAAAUGUCAGAUUGAGAUUUUGUGCUUUGUCAUUUUUCUUUUGGAAACACGACAACACAACUUUGGCUUUUUAGAUACAGAACACUUCUUUUGUUGUGGAGUUCCCUCUUGCUGUAUCUUCUAUGCAAUUCCUUUUCUAGAAAAUCCCUGGUGGAGGAGUGCUCUCUGGGCAUCCCAUCCGCCAUGCCGCUGUGUGGUGGAGGUGAGGGAUGCCCGCUCUGGGUGUGGCUCUUCUCUCUCCCUGCUGCCUCUCCCCCCUUUUUCCUGCAGUCCCUUGGUUUGUAAAUUGCCUGCAUUUCUUCUGUCAGCCAACAUGUACAAAAUGUAAGAAAGAAUUUUUAAACAGGUAAUAAAUUAUAUUUAUAAGC